GUGCUGGUCCCACGGACCCGGGGGCGGGCACCGGCAAUUACCGGCGAAUUCACACGCCUCCGCUGGCGCGCCACUCGUGCUUGUGGUGUCUCGAUUGAAGGCGCGCUGAUGAUUUAAGGAAUUCUAAGCUCACUUAUGAGAUCGUAUAUGUCCCCUCUAUCACACUGGGCUGCUAGAAGCUUCGCAUUUUGUGGAAUACAGAGAAUAGGACGGCCGACUUCGAUUGAUGGUUCUCAGAUAGGCAGUGAUACAAAGUUCCCUUCGUCCGCCACCUCUGUCGCCGUCAUGUCCAAUCGCAUAUACUGGAGGCAAUACUUUCAUGACCCCCCUGGGUACAAGCCCGGAGCUACACGAGACUCUGAACUAUUUCAAAGCAAUAAAUUGCGAAUAUACUGUCGGCAGUGCUUAGCACAUCACGUAGCCAUCGAGAAGCAAGCAGAUGUCACCCAGGUCGCCAGUGGUGCGCGCCAGACAGCUCGGACGGAGGAGGAGAUCCAGCAUUGGCUUUGGACUCUGAACGCUGCGGGCAAGACUUCUGUCGGCAGCACUGUCGGAAGAUAUGGCUCGAUCCGGUCAGAUCGCACGACGAUCGUCAACCAUCUCCUCCACUGUCCAUACCAAUCAUCAGUGGUGAGGAUGCUAGCGGGCGAGGAUAAGGCCACAGGCCUGAAGUGCUCGAAUGAAUACCUCGAGAUGCGGAGACAGCAGCUUCAAGCGCAGGACGCGCAGCAACCCACUGCCGCCUCCUUUGCGCCCUCAGGCUUUCUCUGUGCGCCUGCGCCUCAGCCCCCUCCUCCGAUCUCCGUGUCUUCGCUAGGCCCAACUGUUUCGCUUAACUCGCCCGUCCCCUCGCAAACAAAUGUCACUUCGGCCGCAAUGUCUGGCGCAUCUGACAGCGCUUCUCAUGUCUUCCCAGCUUCACCCACUCCUAGCGCCAUGUCUAGCGCGUCUAGUGGUGAUCAUUACGCCCCAGACUUCUCGCAUUCCCCCUCCCCUCUCACGCCAGGUGCAGCGGCGGCAUCCUUUCUAGCUCAUUCAUCAUACAACCGACUUCAGCACUCUACUUCGAUGCCCAAUAUGCAGGGCCCAACCUUACCACUGCCACCCGUGCCCAUGCCCAUUCCCGCACCGGCUCCUGCGCCGCCACCUCUCUUCGACCCGAAGAAAUUCAUGGUCAUGUUCUCUCCAAAGGAGCAAGAGAUGUUCGAAGAAUGGAUUGUCGACCUCACGGCGUCCUGCGGCUUCCAACUAUCAUGGGUUGACAACCCGGUCUGGAUACGCGGACUAGCGAUGUUUCUUCCUGGCGCGCGUAAUCCAUCGAGACACCAACUCGUGCGCUCGCUCCUUCCCGCGGCAAUUGACCGUGUUCAUAAGCGAAUGCGUGCGGAAACUCAAGGGAAGUCAGGGACACUGCAGGAAGAUGGUUGGACGGGGGUCGAUGGACGAUACCUCCUCGCUUUUAUGAUCACUGUUGAUGGGAAGGUUUAUACUGUUCGUGUCCAUGAUGGAACAUCUGAACCCCGAAGCGCCGAGCACCUAGCUGAGCUUCUCGAAGCAGCAGUCAAGGAGUGUAAGGAGAAGUAUGGUGUUGAUGUCAUAGCCAUAUGCACGGACGCAUCAGGAGAGUCCCGAAAGGCUCGCAGUAUAUUGGCCAAACGCUUUCCUGGGCUAGUCCUCCCCGACUGCUACGCCCACCAGAUCCAGCUUGUAGUUGGCGAUUACUUCGACUCAGAUUCCGAUGUUGCUGCUUCUUCGACGCAGGCCGAAGAGCUCAUCACUUGGCUGCGAAGCAAGUCCCUGCUCCUUGGUCUCAUCCGUCAAUUUCAGCUCGAUGCAAAACCUCCGCCUCCAACCGUACUCACCAUCAUCCGUGCGUGUCUAACGCGUUGGACCUCACACUAUCUUGCCUUCUCCCGACUGCUGCAGCUGCGCAAGGUAAUCGAGAACGUCAUCGCAAAAGACAAGUACGACGCGGAGCAGCUAGGAGGGAAGUCAUGUAUUAUCAAGGGCAAGAAAGAGGCGAAGGAGAAGGCGAAGAAGAUGAUAGCGCUUAUCAACAGCGGCGAGUUCUGGCACGAUGUCCUUCGAAUGACCGUCAUGACCGAGCCUCUCGCUAUCGCCUCAAACAUCACUCAAUCCACGCACUGCACCCUGGACUCUGUUCUGCUCACGCUCGGCCGCCUCGUCAUUCUCUAUAACUCCCAGAAGAUGCAGGAGACUGAUGCGCACGGGUCAAAGGCGAUCAUUGCUAGCAUCGAGACCCGCUGGUCGAAGUGCGACCAGAUCGUCUUCAUCAUCGCCAUCAUCCUCAACCCAUUCUAUCGCACCGCUCCGUUUUGCUCCAGAAUGACCAUCCCAAACAACAUAUAUCCCCUCGUCAAGAAACUCUACAUCCGCUUCUUCGGAGGUGACAGCGCUCCCGCCUCCCUGUACAACGAACUCAUUUCCUAUCUCAACAAUGCAAAUUUCUAUGCUUCGUUGCCUGACUUCGUGGAAUCGCUGAGAGCCGACGCUCUCGCCGAGGCGCCUGCCAGACCCGACUGUGAUCUGGAAAGGCUUCACAUCGGCUACGUCCUCACCAGCACCUCUGGUUCGACUCGCUCUUCACAUCCACUCGAUGACCGCAAAUUCAGCGUCAUGCGAGCGACUUUUCAGCACUUUCGGGAACAUCCUCACGAAGCGCCGCAACCGCCUGGGAAAGGACACCUUGGAGAGGCUCGCCGAGCUCAAGAUGCAUAUCCGGGACGAGCACACCCGCGAUAAGGAGCUAAAACCUCGGCUGAAGCGGCACUUCGAGCAGCACGAGAGCGCAGAUCGAGGCCUGGCAGCCCCACCUCCUCGUCCUCCCCUUCUUCCAGAAGCGCCUGACGCUGCAGAUGAUCUGCUCCCCUAUGAUGAUGUCCCAAUCACGGCUUCCAG